AUGCAGCUCCCGACAUCCUCAGCCCUCCUGCUGGCCGCGGCCCUCGGCGGGGGCGGCGCGCUGGCCUCUGCGGGGCCGGAGCUGGGCGUGGGCGAGAUGCUGGGCGGGGGCUCGGUGCUGUUCCCGCGGCAGGGAGGGGCGACGCAGCAGAACCUGCAGGCGUUCACGGGGGCGCUGGGCGGGAUCAAGGCGGACGCGGUGACCAACAGCGGGCAGUCGGACCGCCCCUUCGAGGUGGACGGCGACACCUUCACCGACUUUGCGUCGGCGGCGGGACGCAGCUGCGACAACCAGAAGAACAAGUGCGCGCAGGCGGCCAACUCCGGCGGGAACGGGGCCGGGCUCGAGGUGUCGGAUUGUGAUACUCAAAAUACUCAGUGCAAGGCAGCCAUCAACUCGGCUACUCAGACCGCUUUCUUGACUUUGACGAGCUCGAAUGCUGAGUUCGACUUCUUCUGUGAGGGUUGA